CCGUAAUUUUCUUCCCCAAACUAAUAUUCUUACGACGGCGGCGCUGUGAGCAAUGACCAGCGGCGGAGAAGAACCCCGGCGGCAAAAUCAAAACCUCGACGACGAUGAUUGUCCGGUAAACACAGUUAUCAUGGAGGAAAACCCAUGUACUGAAUCUAGUUCAAAGCCCAAAAUUUUAGUAAUCAUGGGACCAACUGGGGCUGGCAAAUCCAAACUCGCUAUUGACCUCGCAUCACAUUUCCCAAUUGAAAUCAUCAACGCCGACUCCAUGCAGGUGUAUAGUGGAUUGGAUGUUCUAACCAAUAAAGUGCCACUCCUAGAGCAAAAGGGGGUGCCGCAUCAUUUGUUGGGUACCAUCAGUCCUAACGUUGAAUUCACAGCUAAACAUUUCAAGGAAGCUGCUAUUCCUCUAAUUAAGGAGAUAUGCUCCCGUGGCAGGCUACCGGUCAUAGUCGGCGGAACAAAUUACUACAUCCAAGCUCUGGUAAGUCCCUUCCUCAUAAAUGAUUCUGUGGAUGACAUGGAAGAAAAUUGCCCAUUAGAUCCUGCCGAAACUGGAGAUGUGAUGUUGGAGGUUGUAGCAGAGAAUUCUGCCUUGACUUAUGAAUUUCUCAAAGAACUUGACCCUGUGGCUGCAAAUCGUAUUCAUCCUAAUGAUCAGAGAAAGAUCUCUCAAUAUCUGACGUUGUACACACGAUUUGGUGUUCUUCCCAGCAAACUUCUGCAGGAGAAGGCUAUGGAGAACUGGGGUCAAGUUGAUAAUUUCCACUAUGAUUGCUGUUUCAUCUGUGUGGAUGCAUCCCUUGCUGCACUGGAUGAUUAUGUUGGGAAAAGGGUGGAUUGCAUGGUGAAUUCUGGUCUGCUCGAUGAAGUUUUUGAUAUUUACACGAUGAAUGCAGACUAUACUCGGGGAUUACGACAAGCAAUUGGAGUCCGUGAAUUUGCAGAUUUUCUUGAAUUUUACAUGCAUGGUCCAGGGCAUGGAUGUGAGAAUUCGGAUUAUCUAAUAUCAGUUGAUAGGAAAUGUAAACAUCUGAGGCAAAUCCUAGAGGCACCAACUGAAAACCAGCUCAAAGUCCUGUUAACCGAUGCCAUAGAGAGAGUGAAGUUAAACACCAGAAGACUUGUACGCCGCCAAAAGAGGAGGCUAAAACGACUGCAAAUGCUUUUUGGGUGGAUCAUCCACCAUGUUGAUUCAACAGAAUCAUUAUUAUGUUUCUCUGACGAUCUAUGGGCAUCUCAAGUGGUGGAACCCGCUCUCAGAAAUGUCAAUUCUUUCCUUCAUGGUAAUACCACCUUGGAAGAGCCGACAAAGACUCUCCAGGGAAUGAAGUUAGUUGAAAGGGACCUCUGGACACAAUAUCGUUGCGAGGUUAGUGAUGAGGCAAACUUGGAAGACUGAUUCAGUAUUUUGCUUUCAUGAACUAAACUAUCACCUCAUCAGCCUCAUAACAUCUCCAAUCAAUUCCAGGCAUGCGGCGAUAAGGUGCUUCGAGGGUUGCAUGAGUGGGAGCAGCAUACUCAAGGCCGCAGUCAUCGUAAGCGAGUAUCUCGGCUUAAGAAGUCUGGAAUGUAUACUCAAUGUGUACAACAACAGUAAAAAUCUCGUGUGUCUUCACAACUUUAUGUACACAUUGAGUUCAUGGUUCUGGAAAUCAUGUAUUGGAGGCUUCAAACCAGUUGGUUGUUCUAUGCAUCUCUGUUAGAGCUUGACGAAAUUGGACAAAUGCUGUGUCACUUUGUCUGGGCACCUUGGUCCUGACCCAUCUGGGAGUUCUUACUUCCUCGUCCAGCUCAACAUGAAUAACUACCUACCUUUGAAGUGAAGGCGUUCUAGACUAGGAAAUCUGCAUGUUGUACUUUGGUUUAGUUGGAUCCUGUAUCAUCAACUGGGAAUUUAGUUAUCGGAUACACAGAAGUGUACCAUUUUUUUCUAAUCAGUUGUGACUUUGUGUCUUCUUAGUACUGACUUCUGAACAGUCAACGGACUUGGCAAAACACGAUCACCCAGUCUCUGAUUUCAUAAAAUUACUAAUUUUCUCUAUCAAAGUAUUAUGAUGGCCCAUCGGGAGCAAUACCUAAG